AUGGCCUGGGGGCUGCCCAGCACCGCCAGCCUGGUGUGCGUCUGCCAGAAGCUGAACCGGGUGAAGACACUGGAGGAGCCCACCAAGGAGACAUUGCUGCAGCGCCGCCUGACCACACUGGACCUGAUCCUGCUGGGUGUGGGUGGCAUGGUGGGCUUGGGGCUGUACAUGCUCAUGGGCACCGUGGCCAAGGGGAUGGCAGGCCCUGCAGUGGUCGUGUCCCUUGGCGUGGCUGCCAUCGCCUCCCUGCUGGUAGCCCUAUGCUACACGGAGUUAGGGGUGCAUGUGCCCGGCAGAGGUUCUGCCUACCUGUUCACCUACGUGUCCAUGGGUGAGCUGUGGGCCUUCCUCGUUGGCUGGAACGUGCUCCUCAGGUGCCUCAUUACUGGCGCCGCUGUGGCCCGUGCCUGGAGCAGCUACCUGGACUCCAUCUUUAGCCACCGCAUCCAGAGCUUCACCGAGGCCCAUGUGGGCAUCUGGCAGGUGCCCUUCCUCAGCCAGUACCCAGACUUCUGGGCUGCUGUCAUCCCUCUUUUGGCUUCUACAUUCAUCUUCUGUGGAGCCCGUGUCUCUUCCUGGCUCACCCACACCUUCUCUGUUAUCACCAUGGUUGUCAUCCUCUUCAUCAUCAUCCUGGGGUUUGUCCUGGCCCAUCCGCACAACUGGAGCACUGAGGAGGGCGGCUUUGCACCCUUUGGCUUCUCUGGCAUCAUGGCCGGUGCCGCCACCUGCUUCUAUGCCUUCAUGGGCUUUCAUGUCGUCGCUAACUACAGUGAGGAGGCCCGGAACCCGAAGCGAGCAGUGCCUAUGGCCAUCACCAUCUCGCUUGGCCUGGCGGCUGGUGCCUACAUCCUUGUCUCCACAGUCCUCACCCUCAUGGUGCCAUGACACAGCCUGGACCCUGACUGGGCACUCGCUGACGCCUUCCACCAGAGAGGCUAUAGCUGGGUGGGCUUCAUCAUGGCAGCUGGUGCAAUCUGUGCCAUGACCACUGUCCUGCUCAGGUACAUCUUCUUCCUGCCACGCAUGGUCUCUGCCAUAGCCACCGACAGGCUCUUCUUCCAGGGGUUUGCCCGCGUGCACCCCCAGACACAGGUGCCUGUGGUGAGCCUCCUGGUGUUUGGGGUCCUCAUGGCUUUCCUGGCACUGCUGCUGGACCUCCAGGCACUGGUCCAGUUCCAUUCCAUUGGUGCACUGCUGGACUACACCUUCGUGCCCACCAGCAUCAUCAUUCUACGCUUCCGAAAGUCCCCUCCAUCCACUUCUCAGCACCCUGGCAGCCCUGUGGGCACAGAGCAGGACUCAGCCCCUGAGCCCAGGCAACUGCGAGCAGCCCUGAGGCCCUACCUCCGCUUCCUGGGUGGGUGCAGGCCUGGAGCUGCUGUGGCUUGGGUGCUCGGUGUCCUGGUGGCCUCGGCCAUCACCCUGGACUGCGUGCUGGUCUUUGGGGACUCGGCCCUGCACCUCCCUCCCUGGGGCUACACCCUGCUGCUCCUGCUCAGCUCCGCCACCUUUCUGCUCAGUCUCCUCGUCCUGGGGGCCCACCAGCAGCAGCGCCGGCAGGACACCUUUCAGGUUCCCAUGGUGCCCCUGACUCCCGCCCUGAGCAUCCUCCUCAACAUCUUCCUCAUGCUGCACCUGAGCUAUGUGAUCUGGUUGGUCUUUUCCAUCUGGCUGCUGAUCGGACUCAUGGUGUAUUUUGGCUACGGCAUCUGGCACAGCAAGGAGAACCAGCGGGAACAGCCGGGGUUGACUGUCCCACAUGGCAGCCUGGAGGAGACGGUGCCAGCCCUGCAUCCCCCCAGCCGGGCAUCGGCCCAGAAGCCAAGCCACACGGAGCAGCCCACCAGUCUAUGA